CCUAGAGGUCACUGUGGGCGCCCGCGGCGCGUCCGGCGUCCACUGCCUGCCUGGUGGCUGCAGCGGUGGGCACGUCCCUGGCCCAGAGGGUGGCGGGGGCGGUGCCGCCGAGGGAGCCGGGUUCCCGGGAGGCCGCGAGCAUCCGAGGCGACAACCACGCCCGGGGCCAGGUUUUUCUUUAAUUCAAAAACUAAUGGCAGUGGAGGUACACUGAAAUAAGGUGCUACAGUGGAGACUAGCCUGAUUGAUGAAACUUAUCAAUGAUUGUACUUCAUAUUGGAUAUAGAGCCUGAAGUCGAGAUUUUCCCAAUAUAAGCAGUUUUGAUGGCAGAAAAAAGAAGGUCCUACAGUGGAGGGGAAGCAAUGGAGGAACUCAUGGGACCCAAUGUACAAAAAUGGGCCAAUGUAGAUCCAGAAGAACGAAUGUUGGCAGCCGCUACAGCUUUUACUAAUAUCUGUGCAGGGCAGGGUGAGGGAGAUGUCAGGAGAGAUGCCCAGCCUAUCCAGUAUGAUCCCUACAGUAAAGCUUCAGUAACCGCAGGAAAGCGACCUACUCUUCCUGUGCAACUGCAGUACCCACAUGUAGAAAGUAAUGCAGCUUCAGAAACAUUCUCCGAGGCCUCCCAAAGACUCCGAAAGCCAGUGAUGAAGAGAAAGGUGUUGCGAAAGAAGCCAGAUGGGGAAGUAUUAGUGACCGAUGAGUCGAUUAUCAGUGAAUCAGAGUCUGGUACAGAGAAUGAUAUGGAUCUCUGGGACUUAAGACAAAGGCUCAUGAGUCUACAGUUCCACGAAGAUAGGGAAUCCCCAGAUGACAUUUCACAAAAAUUUAAUUUACCACAUGAAUACCAAGGAAUUUCUCAAGAUCAGCUCAUUUGCUAUCUACGAAGAGAAGGAAUGGGCCCUCCGGCUUAUGAACAAGACCUGAUUGUUGCCAGCCGACCCAAGUCCUUUAUUCUCCCAAGGCUGGACCAGCUGAGCAGAAACCGGGGCAAGGUAGACCGGGUAGCCCGAUAUUUUGAGUACAAACGAGACUGGGACUCAAUGAGGUUACCUGGUGAAGAUCACAGAAAGGAAUUACGCUGGGGUGUGCGAGAGCAGAUGCUUUCUCGAGAACCCCAGUCCAAGCCUCAGCACAUAUAUGUUCCAAACAAUUACUUGGUGCCAACUGAGAAGAAAAGAUCUGCCCUUCGCUGGGGUGUUCGCUGUGACCUUGCAAAUGGUGUCAUGCCCAGGAAGCUUCCCUUCCCUCUUUUUCCUUCUUAAAUAUUUUUUUUUAACGUCUUUUAUGGGAUUGUUUGGGGGUAACCUGGUUCUUUAUCUCUGUCCUAUUUAAAUAGAAACAACUAACUUGAAAGCCCAUGGAACAUUAUACAGUAAGGACUUCACCCAUCAUUGGUCUUUCCUAGGUGUGUACAUUGGUAUCAAAUACCACUUCACUUCCAAAUUACCACUCUCAAAUCCACUAAUUGCAAGAGAAGUCAUGCCAAAGAAAGAAAAACGGACAUAGUCUUUCCACUUUGUCAGCACCGUUUCUGUUCUCUACAGUUGUUAACCUUUGGCCAAUGUGAGUUGCUGUUUUUAAAGUUGCUGGGCAUUAAGCUUAUUCAUUAAAGAAUUGGGAUUUUGUGAA